AUGCUGACAAGGACGAGGUACUCUACCAGUUUCAGAAACAAGACAGAUCUAUACAGCAGCAGUCAUCCAUACGGUCGGGUAAUUGCACGGCAAAUGGACAAGAGUCGACGAUUCGGCAGGUGGAAUAUCCAUAACGCAAGCAUUCACCACGGAGCUGGAUCCGGCAACGACCACAAAUUAGGACCGCCCGCACUUGCACAGAAGAUAUCGAUCAAUGCCACAAAAAAUGGUUCAUUUCGAAUGCUGAGCGAUGAAAUUCAAAAGAUGAUCUUCUCGCAUUUGGACUAUCAGUCCCUCAUUCUCCUUUCUCAGGCUCGCCACCACUUCUAUGAGGUGGCUCGACCAGAGCAGGCCAGUCCACAAGACAAAUUCCAAUUCGUCAUGAGAGCUGAGAAAGAGUUCAAGCAGCACUUCCCAAACGAAAAUAGUCCUGGCCAUUUUGCUUGCUACUUUUGCUAUCGCGUUUUCCAGGCAGAUUGUUUCAGAGGUGACCAGGCUCUUGAAGCGUUCGUUGAUUGCAACGGCGAAUUUGUUCUCGAGACUAAGCCCGAAAACGCGACCAAAUAUGCAAAAGUUCAGCUGCGACGUUACUGCAAAACUUGCGGAUGCGAUAUUGGUUUCGACAGGCUUGUACAAAGGACUACACGGUGA